CCCACCCCAUUCUCUCUCCCUCUCUCUCUCUUCCACCCUUCAAAACAAAAGUCAAUCCCUCAACCUCUUACACCUUCAAACCACACCAUAGUUUUAGUGCCUAAUACACCCCCACAACACACACACACACCAAAGUACUUGUUUUCAUCCCAAACCAAAAAUGCAUGACAUAUGUCUGAACAUGCCACCAAUGGUUCAAACCUUCGACCCUGAGGACCUCUUCACAAGGCGCUGCAUAUGGGUGAAUGGACCUGUGAUAGUAGGUGCAGGCCCUUCAGGUCUUGCAGUGGCUGCAGGCCUCAAAGACCAAGGUGUCCCCUUCGUAAUCCUAGAGAGAGCAAACUGCAUUGCCUCUCUCUGGCAAAACCGCACCUACGAUCGCCUCAAGCUUCACCUCCCCAAACAAUUCUGCCAACUACCCAAUUUCCCUUUCCCUGAGGACUUCCCCGAAUACCCCACAAAGUUUCAGUUCAUAACCUACCUUGAGUCCUACGCCAAGCACUUCAACAUAGCCCCACAGUUCAAUGAAACAGUGCAGUCUGCGAAGUACGAUGAGACCUUUGGCCUGUGGAGGGUCAAGACCAUUAGGAAGAAGAAGGGUUUUGACUGUGAGGUUGAGUACAUUUGCAGGUGGCUUGUGGUUGCCACUGGUGAGAAUUCUGAGAAAGUGGUGCCUCGGUUUGAAGGGUUGGAGGAGUUUGGUGGACAUGUCAUGCAUGCUUGUGACUACAAAUCUGGGGAGGGUUAUGGUGGACAGAAAGUGCUUGUUGUUGGGUGUGGAAACUCAGGGAUGGAAGUCUCACUUGAUCUAUGUAACCACAAUGCAAAAACAUCUAUGGUUGUUAGAAGCUCAGUUCACGUGUUGCCAAGAGAAAUUUUUGGGAAAUCUACCUUUGAGGUUGCUGUGAUGUUGAUGAAGAGGCUGCCUCUAUGGAUGGUUGAUAAGAUAUUGCUGAUUCUGGUUCGUUUGAUUUUGGGGAAUGUUGAAAAAUAUGGUCUUAAAAGGCCUUCGGUAGGACCUUUGGAACUCAAGCACACUGCAGGGAAGACCCCUGUGUUGGACAUUGGGGCCCUUGAGAAGAUUAGAUCUGGCAAAAUCAAAGUGGUUCCUGGAAUCAGAAGGUUCUUGCCAGGGAAAGUUGAACUUGUUGAUGGCCAAGUUCUUCAGAUUGAUUCUGUGGUUCUUGCAACUGGGUACCACAGCAAUGUACCAUCAUGGUUAAAGGAGAAUGAUUUCUUUUCCAAUGAUGGGACUCCAAGAAACCCAUUUCCAAAUGGGUGGAAGGGCAAAGGUGGUCUCUAUGCUGUUGGGUUCACAAGGAGAGGCCUCUCUGGUGCUUCUUUGGAUGCAAUCAAUGUGGCUCAUGACAUCGCCAAGAGCUGGAAAGAGGAAACCAAACAGAAGAGGAAAACAGUGGCUGCACGCCAUAGAAGAUGCAUAUCACACUUCUAAUAAAGAGACUCAAACAUUUAGCCAUUCUUUUCUUAGCUUGUCUUCUGAUCAACCCAAAAUAAAAGUGGUAGCAAUUUCUGCCUUGCAUAUGGAGAAGACUUUUAUCGGUGUGUUUGAAUAUAAGUUUAAAAAAAAUUUAAAAUUUCUUUACCAAAAAUAUUUUUAUUUUUGGUAAAAUAAUUUUAAAAAUACUUAUAAUUUAUAUUCAAACAAGUUCUAAGUUAGAUCAACUUAAAACUCUCACUUUGAUGAUUUUUAUGUCUGGAUAGAGAUAGUCUUCAAGGGUAGUGAGGAAAAUCCUUGGUUAAAAAAAGUGACAAAACAUUAGAGGUCCUAAUAAAAAAAUAUAACAACGAGUCUCUAGUUAAGUUGUGGGAUAUAAAUUGCAAGGGUGCGAUCUCCCACCAUAAGCUUUGUUCCUUUUCUAUUACAUACUCUCUCUUCUUCUUGUAAGUUCUAAUAUAAAUCUCUCUAGAAAAAGGAGAAAAAAGAAGAAAAGAUUAGCCCUCUCCUUAAGGAAACCCACUAUUUGAAAAUAAUUUGGCUAUUAAUUUGUACAAAGGAUGAUGAGGCUUACUGUAUUUGCUUUUCUGUUUUUUCAAUGUAAUUGUUUAUUUGUUUUUUAGU